GUGCCCCAGCACAGGGGUGCACAAGGGGCUUGGAGGUGACAAAUGCUCCUGCACACUGCCUGGGGGCGGUGGGGAAACUUGACUAUGUGUUUGCUUUAGUGGCCAGCCCCCAGGAGGGGUGGGUAGGGCUAGACCCAUGGCGCUGCUGGGGUCUAGUCUCCGCUAAAUUCCCUAAUCAGUUAAUUGUGCAGUAGAGAAAACGGUUCAUCCUAGCCCAUGGGUUCGUGCCUGUCCCUGGUUUUCAUCGCGGGGGAUGCAGGGCGAGGUCCCCCCGCGGGCCCUGGCGGGCGAGAGAGGCAGCCCCAGUCUGGCCCUGGCCCUGGCCCUGGCCCAGGCUCUCCGGCAGUGCCGCGGGCAGGGGGCGGAGGGGCAGGCGGGGCUGGGUUUUGGUCCCCACGUGACUCCGCGAAGUUUCGCUGCGAGUUUGACAGAAGUUUGAAUCGCGGGUUCGUCCGGCCGCCAGAGCUGAGCGCAGAAGGCAGCGGCGGCGGCAGCAGCCGGCGGCGGCCCCGGAGCAGCGCCCCCCCGACAACCCCCUCCGCGCCUGGGCUGCCCCCCAGCCCUGCUCCCCGCAGCCCACCGCCCGGCAAGGGUGCGCGCUCCGCCCGGCGGCGCACACGGCGGCCGGCCCUGCCCGCAGCCUGGACAUGUCCGAGCCCACCGCCGCGGCCGGCCACAAGGAGCCCGGGCAGCAGGGCCGGCGGCUCUUCGGGCUGCGCUGGGGCCGCCUGGAGGAGCCCCUGGGCUUCGUUAAGGUGCUGCAGUGGGUUAUCCAGGAUUCCCUUUGAGAUGCCUGUCUGCGAGGGCAAUGCCACUAAAAGGACUUUGCAUCUCAUGGGGGACUUCUCGGCCCCCUCCGAGUUCUUCGUGACCCUGGGAGUCUUCUCCUUCCUCUACAGCAUGGCAGCCCUGGUGAUCUACCUGCGAUUUCACUCCCUUUACACAGAGAACAAGAAGCUUCCCUUUGCGGAUUUCUGCGUGAGCGUCUCCUUCACCUUCUUCUGGCUGGUGGCGGCUGCAGCCUGGGGCAAAGGCCUGUCAGACGUGAAGGGGGCCACACGGCCGUCCAGUCUCAUCGCCGCCAUGUCCGUGUGCCAUCUCAAACAGGCCGUGUGCAACGCUGGGGCCACGCCGGCCAUGGGGCUGGCCAACAUCUCCGUGCUCUUUGGCUUCAUCAAUUUUAUUCUGUGGGCUGGAAACUGCUGGUUUGUGUUUAAAGAGACCUCGUGGCACGUGCAGGCCACUAACAAGGAGAACUCUGCUGAACAGGGAGCCAUCGACAAGCAAUAAAGACCCUCUCUGCCCGCCGACCCCCCCCAAGACCUCCUCCCACCCUGGACAGCCGGUACCUUGUCACAUACACGCCUUCGUGCAAGCUCCAUCAUCGUGUUGGCAUCCCUCCUGAGCAUUCUGGGAUGCCCACCUUUGAGUGACUGGCAGGCGGGAGUCCUGGCUCGGUCCCAGGUAUACGUAACUUGUUGCAGACUCCAAGGGGCUAUUACACAACUCGUGGUUCUGGUAGCAGGGUUUAUUAUUUUUGUUAAUAUGUGUAAUUUAUUUGUUUCUGCGUUCCUGGCCCCCCAGCCUGCGGCUGUGUGGAAUUGCUCUUCACAGCUGCUGUGUGAGCCUAAACCAAUCAGGAGUUUAGAUGCCACAGGAGGGGGUGCGGAGUCACUUACGGGUGAGAGUGGAUGCACUGGGGAGACCUAAGACUGGGGCACUACAGGACCACAGAACACCCACUACUGCCCAAGCAAGGAAAGGCAGAGGCUGUGUCAUACCUACCCCCUACUUGAUUAGGAACAAGGGAGACAGCCAAGAGGCCGAAAGGGAAGGUGGAGAAUAUGCUGUUUCUUGCUCCUGGGAGGAGAAGGCUGGUAUAUUUCUCCUCUUCCCUUCUGCCUGCAGCAUUGUGUGUCUCCUGGAGGAAGCUGAUGGUGGGUUUUCAGCUGUUCUUGAACUCCAGUUUGGCUCAGAGGGAUUCCAUGCAUUAGGCCAGAUAAUCUAGUGUAGCAGCAGCUUGAUAGAGGGGGUGUGAUCCUGCCCUUGCCAGACAGUACUCUAGGAGGGCUUUCCCAUCUUGGAUCUCACACAGGGGCAGCACGGGGGAUAGGAGGUUCCUUACUCAGAUCUCCAGCUUGUUCCACUUCCCGGGGCAGCACGGGGGGUAGGAGGUUCCUUACUCAGAUCUCCAGCUUGUUCCACUUCCCGGGGCAGCCCUUUUAGCAGCUCUUGGUGCUUGUCCCCUCCCUGUCCUACAGCUGAGGAGCAGCCCCAGAUUCCUCUGAAACCUCCUUAUAAAACUUCUGAGUGUGCGUGAGUGUCCGCUCCAAUGGCUCCCUAUGGGGCAGCAGCAGGUGACUGGCCCUCUCUGGGGCCCUGAGCCAGAGAGCUUUGCUUGGCUUCUAGGAGACUUUUCUCAUAGCCGGAGGAUCCACUGGCCUAGUUCAUGACCCUAGACCCCAGGCGGAAGGAGCCAGAGCUGUGCUGUGCUGACAUGGGCACAAGCAGAAGGGAGGCUUUGUCCAAACAGAGUGUUUAGAUCACGGUCAGUGCCCAUGUCUGCAGUAGCAAUACCGACCCCUUACCCCCCUGGCACUAAACUAGCUGCUCCUACUAGUCCUGUCCCUGGAGCCCAGCAACACUGAUUGGUCACGCAACCCCUGAACAGUCCUGUCAUCCCACCGGCCACUGGGGCACGAGGCAGCUGGCCCCAAGCCUGUUGGCAUUGUAACAGCUGACCCCGCAAGGGGCUCUGUGCUCCCGGAGCCGCUGGACAGAAUGGUAGCUUAGCAUCCCAGGUCCCAAAGACAGCCCUGCUUUGUUCACGGAGAAGGGGCUUGUUCAGCAGCUGCUUUUGCGUGCUGAACUCUGUAAACCCCUCUGAGCUUCAGGGUAUUGCUCUGCUGUGAAGGGGUUGCUGCCUUCCCUAGAAACAGGCGAGAGCUUUGGUUCAAGGGCCUGGGGAAUCCAGGCUCCACGCUGACUCUUCGGGUCUUACUCUCUCCCUUUCCUCUCCCUGCCCUCCAUGAUGGGGGUGCCUCCUUUCUGCUAAAGGAGAGACUGAUAUUAAUGGUGCUUUGUUUGCUGGGGACCGUCUGUUCAGCAAAGACCCAAUUGCUGCAUAUUUUGUACAUUUCCCCUCCACCUCUCACCCCUCCACGGCAGCCAGGCUCUGGCCAGUUGUAGGGAGCCCUGUGGCGUCUCUGCCCCAGAGCCACAGGGGACUGAGUCCCACAGGGCUGUGAUGCCCAGUUCCCUGCAGCACAGCCCCAGUGCCACAUGCUGUGGUCCUCUUACGGUGGCCCUGGAAUGCCCUGCAGGACAAAAGAAUCGACCAAUCUGUUGCUGGAGGGCUUCCCCCUCCCCACCCAGGCUUCCAGUCCAGCCGGCUCUGGGCCAACUUCUCCAGUCCUUGAGUUCCUAGAGGUACAAACCCUCAUGUUUCUGGGCAUAAGCCACCACUAGCUGCCCAGGGUCAGGAAGAAGCUUCCCUUGCGGCCAGGCUAUUCCAUAAUUGUCCAGUAUGGGUUUUCUUGCACCUUCCUCUUAAGCAGCUGAUGCUGGAGACCAGAUCCCAGACUAGGCGGACCACUGGUCUGAUGUGGAACGGCAAUUCCUACGCUCCCAUGGUGGCUUUGAGGGUACCAGGACAACCAACCCACCAAAGUGCCACCGUUGCAUUUGGUUCCUUCUGCUUUGCCUGUGCCCCGUUUGCUAAUCUGGGGGGAUAGUCAAAGCCGAUCCCCAGCUGCCAGGCUCCAUUACAGUCAGGAAGUGACGCUGCUUUACGCUAGCUGAGGGUCUGGCCCCUUUGUGGAUAAGCCACCGCAGGGACCUGUGCUGCUCAGAUCUUCCAAGAGUCCAGCGGCCAACUGAGCUGGCCCCCAUCCCUGCCACAGCGGGAGGGUGGAAUGGCCGGGUCUUUAUUUCGCUUAUCCGUGAUUAGUAAUAAUGGCUCCAGAACCUGCGGGGAAGGAGAGGGCACUUCUCUGCAUUUUGUAACCUCUGCCCUCCUGGGAAAGCGGGGGCUGGGAACCGUUUCUACUGUGGGGCGUGCUGUGUUCUGCCUGUAUUUAUUUAUUUGAAAGGGGAGAGAGAAAAUAAUACCUUUCUUUUUGCUUUGGUGCUAAGGUGGCACCUGCCCCUUUGCCCAGCACUAGGAGCAGCUCCUAUGCCAGCCUGCAGCCCUCCCUCAUGAAUACCCCCCCAGCUCAGGCGGUAGGCUCCAGGCCAGGGACUUCUCCUCAUUGGGCCCUGCCCCGUGACAGAGAUCCUAGAGGAGGGGGCUCCUGGGGCUAGGCGGAGGGGGAGGGACCAACCUUAGCUGGUGCUGACUUUGUGUUUUCCUGGAGAAUCUCUUGGCUGUGGGUGGAGGCAGGCCUGGUGCCAGCAAAGGGCCCUGAAUGUGUGUGACUCUGCAGGGAGCGGGGUCAUGGGGGCAGGGGGGAGGCAAUUGCUCUUUAGCCCCUUUGACCACUGUUAAAGCAACUGAUUGCAGCAGGAGUUGAGAAGGGGGCAGUGGCCCAAUCCCGCGCUCUGCUGUGUGCGCUUGGCACUGCCUGGCUGCUUCGGCCUCCCCAGCCCUGGAUUACAUUGCAUGGUUUUCUGGUGCUUGUUGUUAUGACUGAAUAAAAAGUGCUGCGAGGGUUUGUUACCACAA